ACGAAACUUCAGCGCCAUUUAGCUGUAGUGUGUCUCUGUACAUGUAGUGAAAUGGCUGAAGCCAGGUUUUCUCAUGAUCAGUUCAGAUGUCCAGUGUGUCUGGAUUUGCUGAAGGAUCCAGUGACUAUUCCCUGUGGACACAGUUACUGUAUGAGCUGCAUUAAACAAUGCUGGAAUCAAGAGGAUCAGAGGAGAGACUACAGCUGCCCUGAAUGCAGACAGACCUUCAGACCAAGACCUGCUUUAAAGAAAAGCACCAUGCUGGCAGAAGUGGUGGAGAAAAUGAAGAUAACUGAAUGCAAAACUGCUGUUCCUGCCGGACCUGGAGAUGUGAAGUGUGACGUCUGUACUGGAAGAAAACACAAAGCCAUCAAGUCCUGUCUGGUUUGUCUGAACUCUUUCUGUCAAAAUCACCUUGAACAACAUGAGAAUCUCUUUAAAGGAAAGAGACAUGAUCUAAUGGACGCCACUAGAUACCUUCAGAAGAUGAUCUGCAGUAAACAUAAAAAACUGCUGGACAUUUUCUGCCGCUCUGACCAGAGUUGUAUAUGUAUGCUCUGCAUGGUGGACAAACACAAAAAUCAUGACACUGUAUCAACUGUAGCAGAGAGGACAGAGAAACAGAAACACUUGGGUGAUACACAGAGAAAAUACCAGCAGCAAAUCAAGAAGAGAAAGAAAAAACUUAGUGAGCUGAAAGAGGCUGUGAAGAUUCACAAGCACUCUGCACAGACAGCAGUGGAGGACAGUGAGAGGAUCUUUGAUAAGCUCAUCCGCUUCAUUAAGGGAAGACGCUCUGAGGUCACACAGAUGAUCAGAGAUCAAGAAAAGACUGUAGUGAGUCAAGCUGAAGCACUUAUGAAGCAACUGGAGAAGGAGAUUGACCAAAUGAGGUCCAUAAAUGACGAGCUGGAGCAGCUUUCACAAACACAUAAUCACAUCCAUUUCCUCCAGAGUUACCUGUCUCUCCCUGUUCCUCCUGGGUCUCCGGAUGUUCCCAAAAUCACUGAGAGGUCUUUUGAUAAAGUAGGAAAAUCAGUGUCUCGGCUGAGACAGGAAUUGGAGGAUUUCUGCACAGAGGAUAUUGAAAAGCUAUCUGGUCGAGAAAAUUGCCACAACAGUUUGGUGUCAGAAGUGGGAUAUCUUGAGGGUUUUCUUCCGGACCCGAGAGAGGACAUGACUGAUUAUGGACUUUGUAGUUUCAGCCCUACUCUGCAUAAAAGUUCAGGGAGAGGUCCAGAGGGACUCCACUGAUAUCGUCUAAAUGAACUCAGUGGCAACGAAUGGAACAAAAGUGGAAGGAAACAUCAAGUAUAUGAAACUUGGGAUGUUUGUUCUGGGAUGAACUCAUUUAAGAUGGUGAGGUCUGUGUUUACUCCUAGUCGAUUAAGAGUAUUUUAAGACCAAAAUUGAGAUCGACCAGUCUAGUUGAUCAAGAGUUAUUUUCAAAAAGAAGAGUGAGAUCAGUUGACACUAUUUCAGGGUUAAUUUCUGAAAAGAAAAUUGAGAUUAAAUGUUGUUGAUCAAGAGUAUUUUCUAGGAAGAAAACUGAGAUCGACUAGGCAAGAGUAUUUUCUGAAAUAAAAAGAAAAUUGAGAUUAACUGCUAAUGAUCAAGAGUUAUUUUCUGAAAAAGAAAAGUGAGAUUAACUAAUAGGGAUCAGAGAUCAUUCAGUGUAGUGAGCUGAAACCGCCUCAGAGACGGCUGACAUGGGUGGCAUAGAGCAAUAGGUGCCUGGGACACAGAAUACGAAAUUGGAGUGGGGAAAACAAAUAGAGCAAACAAAUCAAUAGUAAAUAUGAUAAUCCCAUCUAUUGUCAAAUUCAUUAAAUGCAAAAUGUAUAUGGCCAUAAAUGUAUGACAGGGAUAAAAAAAAAAUUGGUUAAGCAUCAUGGGUUCCCUUAGUGUUGAAAAGUUUAAAAAUAUAUAUGGGUUAUAUAAUAGUGUAUAAGUGCAAGAGAUCUGACACUCGUCUGUGAAUUUGAGUGGAUAGUGAUAACAGAUUUCUGUCCUACAUCUGAUAUGUGCAGCACAGCAAAGCUACAGUUCAACUUUUCUUUGCAAAAGUGGCCUGGUGGCCCAUCAAAUUAAAAUUAAUCUAGUAGUGUUACUUUUUAUUAUAAAUAAUAAUGCAGGCAACAUAUGUUUGAGAUUGUAUUCACAUUGUAUGUAUGCAUUUGUUUUGAGAUGGAUUAAAACAUGAAACGGGAAAAUGUA